AUGUCCACAGAUGGGAUCGAUUGGCUCCUACUUUUUUGGCGACAACUUGGCGGGUGCGACGUCAAGGACGACGACGAAUUAACGGACGCCGAAGAUGACUAUGCGCAGGAUGCAGCCAACGAUCUCAUCUACGAUUGCAAUGUUGAAGACGACUACUACGAAGCUGCAGAGGCUCCCGAAGAAGUCGUAGAAGAGGGUAGCGCGGCUGCUGAAAACGAGGGAGGCCGGGAACCGUUUGUAGUGGCAAGGGACGGUGGAGAAGAGGGAGUCUUGGAAGCAGGUGCAGAGGAAGCGGACGAUGAAGAGACGGAGUCGGAAUAUGGCGACCCGAUCGAGAACGAAGGAGAACGGAAGGCAGACAAAGGGGAUGGUGAAGAGGAUGAAACCGAGUACAUGGACGCCAUCCAAGGAGACGUCGAUGAUGACAGAUCGGACGAUGAAGACGAUGAAGAGACGGACACCGAUUUUAGCGACGCCAGUGAUGAAGACAUGGAGGAGGGGGAAAGCGAUGAGGAGGGUCAAGGGGAAUUCAAGCCACACUCGUCGUCCCCUCUUUAG